UUUCCAGAGGGCCUCUGGAUUCUAAGAUCUGGGAAGGCGUUCGUGGCUAAGCCUGGGAACAUCUGUGUAUGUUCCCAGCACAUAGAAAAAAAGGAGUAUUUCAGUAUGACUGAGAAACCCGUGCUCCAUUACUUCAAUGGAAGAGGGAGAAUGGAGUCCAUCCGGUGGCUCCUGGCAGCAGCUGGCGUCGAGUUUGAGGAGAAACUUUUUGAAACCCGUGAAGAAUUUGAGAAGUUAAUCCAAGGUGGAACCCUGAUGUAUGAGCAAGUGCCCAUGGUGGAAAUCGAUGGAAUGAAUUUGGUGCAGACCAGAGCCAUCUUAAGAUAUGUAGCUGCCAAGUAUGGCUUGUAUGGAAGGAACCCAGAAGAACAAGCCUGGAUUGAUAUGUACGUAGAGGGCUUAAGGGAUCUGAGCGACAUGAUCAUGUACUUUCCACUCUCUCUGCCGGAAGAGAAGGAGAUGAACCUUGAAUACAUCCUCGAACGAGCCAAGACAAGAUUCUUCCCUGUUUAUGAGAAGGCCCUAAGAGACCACGGGCAAGAUUUUCUUGUGGGCAAUCGGCUGAGCUGGGCUGAUGUACAGCUCCUUGAAGUCAUCUUAAUGGCUGAAGAAUGUGAAGCCGGUGUUCUCUCCGGCUUCCCUCUGUUACAGGACUUCAAGGUGAGAAUCAGUCAGAUCCCUACAAUUAACAGAUUUCUCCAACCUGGGAGCCAGAGGAAGCCGCCGCUGGAUGAGCAGUCCAUUGGGACUGCAAAGGACAUCUUCAAAUUUGAACGAGGCAUGUUUCUUAAAAACAUGAGCACCAUAGUAGCUGAGUAUUAACAGUGACAGAGGCUGAAGUACUCAGUAAAUGUAUUGAGUAACUUCACACUGCCUUUCUAUCAAUGACCAGAGAAACAUCCUGAAGUUAGGAAUAAAUGUUAGUAAUGUAGUAUGUUAGCGAUGUUAGAAUAUUAGUAAUGAUAAUAUUAUAUGUGUAAAGAAAUAAACUACUAGAUACUUAUCAAUAAAGUAGAAGUGCCAAUUCCUGUUUAAAAUAAGACACGCUGCCAAAUUCAGAAAACCCAAGGAGUCCUCUGCCUUCUGUAUGGU